CAGAGAGAGAGAGAGAGGAGACCAACAGUGAGUGGGAGCUUUGGCAGACAUCGAGAGAGAGAGAGAGAGUCAGACACACAGAGACACAGAGAGAGAGAGAGGAGACCAACAGUGAGUGGGAGCUUUGGCAGACAUCGAGAGAGAGAGAGGGAGUCAGACACACAGAGACACAGAGAGAGAGAGAGGAGACCAACAGUGAGUGGGAGCUUUGGCAGACAUCGAGAGAGAGGGAGUCAGACACACAGAGACACAGAGAGAGAGAGAGGAGACCAACAGUGAGUGGGAGCUUUGGCAGACAUCGAGAGAGAGAGAGAGAGUCAGACACACAGAGACACACAGAGAGAGAGAGAGAGGAGACCAACAGUGAGUGGGAGCUUUGGCAGACAUCGAGAGUGAGAGAGUCAGACACACAGACACACAGAGACACAGAGAGAGAGAGAGGAGACCAACAGUGAGUGGGAGCUUUGGCAGACAUCGAGAGAGAGAGAGAGGGAGUCAGACACACAGAGACACAGAGAGAGAGAGAGGAGACCAACAGUGAGUGGGAGCUUUGGCAGACAUCGAGAGAGAGAGAGUCAGACACACAGAGACACAGAGAGAGAGGAUACCAACAGUGAGUGGGAGCUUUGGCAGACAUCGAGAGAGAGAGAGUCAGACACACAGAGACACAGAGACACACAGAGAGAGAGGAGACCAACAGUGAGUGAGAGCUUUGGCAGACAUCGAGAGAGAGGGAGUCAGACGCACAGAGACACAGAGAGAGAGGAGACCAACAGUGAGUGGGAGCUUUGGCAGACAUCGAGAGAGAGAGAGAGGGGAAGAGGAGGAGGAGGAGCGUAGUGAAAGGGAAAGUUUGGGGCGUGGGAGAGCGUCAGAGGGACAGGGGCGGUGAGACGUGGAGCGCGAGGGCCUUUGGCUCUCUCGCGGGAGUCUCCGGGAUGAUUCGUGGAGUUCCGCCGCUGCUGCAGCUGUUGCCGCUCCUCCUCUGCCUGGGAGUGGUGCUGAUCUCCACGCGCCCCUCGCUCGCACAGAGAGACGCGUCGUCGGACAUCGCGUACAUGCAGUACAUCGACCGCAGGGUCUCCGGUGUGGAGGAGCGUCUGCAGCGUGUGCUGGAGGAGCUGGCCCGCUACGUGACGGAGACGCGCGAGGUGAAGAAGGACCUCCUGCGGCGCUCCGACAUGGCCGAGCAGGACCGCGCGGGGCUCACGGAGCAGGUGGACGGCGUCGUGUCGAGGAUGGAGCGCCUGGAGCGAGACGUGGACUACUUGGAGACGCAGGCGCAGGGCAGCCACGCCUGUGUGGAGGUGGACGAGGAGGUCGUCCGACAGCGGCAGCAGGAGGAGGAGCAGCAGCAGCAGCAGCAGCAGGAGCAGCAGCUCAAGCAGAGGGGUCUCGAUCCCAGCGGCGAACAAGACGGAGGAGACGGAGGAGAAGGAGGAUCUUCGAGGUCCAGCAAGAAGAUUGGGACCUCCUUCUCCUCCUCCUCCUCCUCCUCGUCUUCGUCUUCGUCGUCAGCGGCCUCAACGGCCUCGCAAGCGGAGCUGGAACGUCUGAGACGGAAUAAGAGGCCGUUCAAAGUGUCCGACGAGUGCGACCACAUGCUCUCCGGCAUCCGCUCGCUCAAGAUCCUCAAGCGAGCGGGCCCCUCCGAGGGCGCGUGGAUGCGGGACCCAAUCCGUGACUUCGGCCGCGUCUACUUGCUCGCGGGCACCACGGGCUCCUACGUCUACGACUUCCCCUCCCCGAAGGCCUUCUCCGCCGCUAAGAUCCCCUCCUCCUCAUCCUCAUCCUCCUCAUCAUCCUCAUCCUCCUCAUCAUCCUCAUCAUCCUCCUCAUCCUCCUCGUCCUCCUCGCCCACCGCAGCUUCUCCCCCUCCGCACCCGAACGCCGUGCCGCUGCCGUUCGACUUCACCGGCACGGGCCACGCCGUGUACGGCGGCUUCCUCUUUUACCACCGCGCGGGCACGGAGAACGAGCUGGUGAAGUUCGACCUCCGCAACCGGAGCCUCGCCGACUCGGCCCUCGUCCCCGGCGCCGGAGCGUCGACCCCCUUCUCGCUGUCGCCGCACACGACCAUCGCCAUCGCCGUGGACGAGGCGGGCCUCUGGCUGGUGCACACGCACAGCGUGACACGCAGUGGAGGAGGUGGAGGAGGUGGAGGAGGUGGUGGAGGUGGACGAGGAGGUGGAGGAGGACGAGGAGGAGGAGGGCGCGGGAGGGGCAGAAGGGCAGCCGGGAUGGAUGGAGGAGAUGACGGAGGUGGAGGUGGCGAUGGUGACUGUGGAGGAGGACGAGGCGGCGGUGCGGGAGCAAGACGUGGACCGGUGGCGGAAGGGAAAGAUUCGGGAGACGGCCACGGCCACGGCCACGUCCACGGCCGUCGACACCGCCGCGGCCACCGCGGCCACCAACACUGCGGCCACCAACAAAGCGGCCACCAACACCGCGGCCACCAACACCGCGGCCACCAACACCGCGGCCACCAACAAAGCGGCCACCAACAAAGCGGCCACCAACACCGCGGCCGUCGCCACCGCCGCGACCUCCCGGCGCCGGCCGCCGCCGCCGCAGGAUCUCCCAGCCGCGGCGACCGCCGCUGUCGCUGGACACCCGCCUCCUCCACCGCCUCCUCCUCCUCCUCCGCCUCCACCGCCUCCUCCUCCUCCUCCACCGCCUCCACCGCCUCCGCCGCCACCGCCGGAUCUCCCAUCCGCGGCGACCGCCGCCGUCGCUGGACACCCUCCUCCUCCUCCUCCUCCUCCUCCUCCGCCUCCUCCGCCUCCUCCUCCUCCACCGCCUCCGUCUCCUCCUCCUCCUCCUCCUCCUCCGACGCCGUCAUCGUCCUCACCAAGCUGGACCACGCGACGCUGUCCGUCGAGCACUCGUGGGACACGCCGUGCCGCUCGCGCGGCGCCGAGUCGGCCUUCGUGCUGUGCGGGGCCCUGUACGUCGUGUACAACGUGCGGGCGGGCGGGCGCUCGCGCGUCGAGUGCGUCUUCGACGUGGCCGCCCGCAUCCCCGCCGAGCGGGCGCCGCUGCUCUACUUCCCGCGGCGCUCGGGGGCGCACGCCGCCAUGCAGUACGACCCCCGCGAGCGGCAGCUCUACGCCUGGGACGACGGAUACCAGACGGCCUACCGGAUGGACGUGGCCGCGAAGCCGGCGUUUGACUACGGUGGAGGGUGACCGGAGGGGUGGUGUGGG